AUGAAUUUUGAAAAUAAUAAUAGCAAUGGACAUACAAUGGGGGAUGAUGAUUACUUGGUAGAUUCUUUGGAUCAACUUCCCAAGAUUAAAAACAUAGCCUUACUGCCGUCUUCAGAUGUUGUAAAGGGAAGAUUUAGCCAUACUGUAACACACUACAAUAACAAGAUUUAUGUUUUCGGAGGGGCUGUUGAGAGGGGAAUUUAUGAUAAUGAGCUGUAUUGCUUUGAUAUUGAUUUGAACAGAUGGUACACCAUAGAGACAAAAGGAAAAAAGCCUCUGAAGCGAAUUUUUCAUACUAUGGUUUUGGAUCAGAAGAAUGAAAGAUUAUUACUAUUUGGAGGAAGAAAAGAGGGAGGAACCAAAUUAAAUGACUUUUUUGGAUUUGAUCUGCGUACAGAGACGUGGAACAAAAUAGAAGUACCUGACAUGCCAAAGGCAACCGAUGGACAUUCAGCUGUAUUUUGCAAAGAUACCAAUUCCAUGGUCAUAUUUGGAGGCCACGACGGAACAAACUACAUUGACUCUCUGUUUGAAUUUAAUUUUGAUACAAACUCAUGGUCUAAAAUUACAUGUGAAAACGAAAUGCCAAGUGGAAGAGCUUAUCAUACUGCACAAUACAGUUCAAAACAUAAAUGCAUGAUAAUAACAGGUGGAAAAAUUCAAGGAAAUGUCUCUACAAGUCAAACAUUUGUUUACAGUUUUAAAACGAAAAGAUGGUCCAAAUUGGAUAUGGAAAGUACGGAUAGUACGGCCUCUGACAAUGUUAAUUUAAAAACAUUACCCAAGGUUCUCUGUUCAUGCUCGACCAUGAUUAAUGAGGAUAAAAUGAUCAUGUUUGGAGGCGAAGACUCCCAACAAAAAUGUGUAGACGAGCUUUGGGUCUUCAACUUCUUGUCGUUAAAGUGGAUGUAUCUACCAGUACCAGAAAAUUUCACAGUUCCUAAACUUUCACGAUUAGGAAUGGUGUAUAAUACUAGAAAUGCGUCGCUUUACAUGUUUGGUGGAUAUUCAGCUGAAGGAAAAAGAACCAAUGAUUUCUAUCAAAUUCAAUUUGAUGCGCCUCCUCAACUAACAUCAAUACCUAUUGUGAAUGAUAUAACCCAAAAUAUUCCAUUUUUUGAGCUAGGAAGGAGCUAUCAACUAGAAAAUCGAUAUUUUGACAUGAUUUUAAAAACUCCAAAAAAGUCAUUUGCUGCUCAUAGGGUCAUACUCUCACAAUGUUCAGCUUUAGACGUUUUCUCGUUGGUUCCGGACUCAGAGACAAAAAUUGUGACACUAUCAAUUAAUUUUCAAGUUGACCUUAGCAAAGUACUCUCAUUUCUAUAUGGUAUCGAGCCAGAUACUACAGAUAACGAAAUUUUAGAGCUGAUGGGCUUUGCGAAUGCAUACCAGGUUAGAUCAUUACUCCGUUGGUGUAUGUUUCGAAUUCAGUCUUCCUCGUUGGAGAAGCAAACCAUUGAAGAAGCAUGCUCUAGAUGUGAUCCCAAUUAUCGAAAUUUAAUUGAAGAUCUAACAUUAGAUUUACAUCCAUCAGAAUAUCUUCAAAUUCAUUUAGGAAAUCGAUUGCAAGAAAUGAAAAGUGGAAGUUCUCAAGGAGAUUUUAAAAUUACAAUUCCACAUUGCUCUCAACCAUUUUACUGUGACAAGGCCUUGUUAAUUGCGCGAAGUGACUUUUUCAGAUCCAUGCUUACACACGGAUUCAAGGAAAAACAUAAUAAUGAAGUUGUUAUGGACCAAGUGGAUUCCCCAAAGCAAAUGAACCUUCUUAUUGAACAUAUAUAUGGUAUGCAAAUUACAGAGAACAAGGAUCUGAGCAUUCGAGAGUUAAUGCUAUUGUUAAUUAUGGCAAACUUUUAUUGCAUGAGACAACUUUAUCAAGAAGUAUUACGGGUUUUGAUAUCUAACGUGAACGAAGAAAAUGCCUUAGAAAUACUAAUCAAUACUAACCAUUUAAGCAACGCCUCCAAUAUUGAACGAAAAUUGCAAAAUAUUUGCCUGACCUCAAUACGAAAAAAGGAUUUGAGCGAUCGAUUAAUAGAAAUGGCUUCCGAUAUCAAUCUGCUUCAGCAAGAAAACGCAGCAUUGGAAUCCAAGGUGCAAGAGCUUUUGAAUGAAAAUGAGCAACUCAAGAAAAAGCUAAAUAACCAAUAA